GCGUGUCGCACGGAUCGUCCGCUUUUUGGCGCACAAUUAGGUACGCAUAAUUAGUCGCGAACGUAAUUUCACUUGUGGUCGCAGAGGUUACUAAUAGCGGGUAGCGUCGCGACGUUAUAAAUUCUCGUUUGUUCGUCCAGAGGUGAAAGGCAAUGCCGUCCGACGCGAAGAAGAAGCAGCAGCAGAAGAAGAAGGAGGCCGCAAAAGCGAGGCAGUCCGGCAAGAAGCCGCAGAGCAAUAAUCAGACGAGGGCGACCGAGGAUGGCAAAGAACAAAGCCCGGCGUUGGGAGACUUGCAGAACGGCACCAACGGCACGGCUAUUAGCACCGAAGAGGCAUUAUGUUUGAAAUUAGAGCAAGAUGCCAGAUUGAAUGCAGAAGCACGUUCGUGCACGGGCUCGCUGGCUUCGCAUCCACGCAGCCGAGACAUAAAGAUAUCUAACUUUUCUAUUACUUUCCAUGGCUGUGAAUUGCUGCAAGACACCAUGUUGGAGUUAAAUUGUGGUAGACGCUACGGUUUAUUAGGUCUAAAUGGCUCUGGGAAGUCUACAUUGUUGGCGGUAUUAGGAAACCGCGAAGUUCCUAUCCCGGAGCAAAUAGAUAUUUUUCAUUUGACUAGAGAAAUGCCUGCAAGCAAUAAAACAGCUCUGGAAUGCGUGAUGGAGGUUGACGAGGAACGCGUGCGAUUAGAGAAGCUUGCCGAAGAGUUAAUAGAUUGCGAUGAGGAAGAUGCUCAGGAACAACUUAUGGAUGUGUAUGAAAGAUUAGAUGAUAUGGCUGCCGACACGGCAGAAGCUCGUGCUGCUCAUAUUUUACAUGGUUUGGGUUUUACUGCAAAAAUGCAAAAAACUCCUACCAAAGACUUCUCAGGAGGUUGGAGAAUGCGCAUAGCUCUCGCUAGAGCACUAUAUGUAAAACCGCAUUUGUUGUUACUCGACGAACCAACCAAUCAUCUCGAUCUUGAUGCUUGCGUAUGGUUAGAAGAAGAACUCAAAACGUAUAAACGAAUUCUCGUUAUAAUCUCUCACUCUCAAGAUUUCCUUAAUGGUAUUUGUACCAAUAUCAUCCAUGUCAAUAAAAAGCAAUUGAAAUACUAUACUGGUAAUUAUGAGGCAUUCGUGAAAACGAGAAUGGAAUUGCUUGAAAAUCAAGCGAAGCAAUAUAACUGGGAACAGGAUCAGAUUGCACAUAUGAAAAAUUAUAUCGCGCGUUUUGGUCAUGGUUCAGCGAAAUUGGCCAGACAGGCUCAAUCGAAAGAAAAAACUUUGGCGAAAAUGGUGGCGCAAGGUCUGACAGAAAAGGUUAUUAAUGACAAAGUGCUGAAUUUCUAUUUUCCUUCGUGCGGAACAAUUCCGCCGCCGGUUAUCAUGGUGCAGAACGUUAGUUUUCGUUACAAUGAGGACGCGCCUUGGAUUUACAAGAAUCUGGAAUUUGGAAUUGAUUUGGAUACUAGAAUCGCAUUAGUUGGACCAAACGGGGCAGGAAAGAGCACCCUGCUGAAACUGCUGUAUGGUGAUUUAGUACCAACAAGCGGUAUGAUUCGCAAGAACAGCCAUCUUCGAAUUGGUAGAUAUCACCAGCACUUACACGAGUUAUUGGACUUGGAUAUAUCACCACUCGAUUACAUGCUGAAGGCUUUCCCCGAGGUGAAAGAGCGUGAAGAAAUGCGAAAGAUUAUUGGCCGCUACGGUUUAACUGGACGUCAACAGGUUUGCCCUAUUCGUCAAUUGUCCGAUGGUCAACGUUGUCGCGUUGUGUUUGCCUGGCUGGCUUGGCAAGUGCCUCAUCUGUUGCUACUCGACGAGCCUACCAAUCAUUUGGACAUGGAAACGAUCGAUGCACUCGCCGACGCCAUCAAUGACUUCGACGGUGGGAUGGUUCUCGUAUCGCAUGACUUCAGAUUGAUCAAUCAGGUCGCUGAAGAGAUAUGGGUAUGUGAGAAUGGAGCGGUUACAAAAUGGAGUGGCAAUAUUUUGGAUUACAAGGAACAUCUCAAGGACAAGGUCCUGUCCGACAACCAAAAGCGACAGAAGGACUUGGCGAAUCGGGGAAAAUAAUGGAGGCAGUACUGCGAUCGCGAUCCGCUUCUCUCUUUCCAGUGCACCACGCCUCUGCAUUUAUAGGAAUCUUUUUUUUUCUAAAAAUUGUAACAUGCUAAUCGGCACUGUACAUGCUGCUUUGUGUAGCACGUCAGUGAUCGGAUUACUUAGUUAAUUUAUUGAAGUAUUAGACCGAAAUUAAUCCUUUUAUUUGACAACCCGCAGGUUGUUGUGGCGCAACUCAAUCACGAUAGAAAUCUAGAAAUUUGAAAAUCCGUGCAUAUUGCAAGAGAGUACAGAUUAAAUUUAAAUAAAUCGCCAAUUUAUUUAUAUAUAAUAAUAAGUAUAUAUAUAAAAAGAGGACGAAA